UCAAAUUACAGGUGGCUGCCGGGUAAGCGGGCUUGAGCCCCAAGGAACCGCUAAUCGUUUUCAAUAAUUGUUCGCUCAUCUGAACGCCAUUGCUUCUAGGGGCGGAUGGUUUCCAUGCCUUCUUGCGCCAGAAAAGUAUUGUCGUCCAGCACGCACUGGAUGUGAAGAACGAGUCGGUUAUCCUCCAGGAUCUGAAAGAGCCAAAUGGAGAACCGAUAACGAUACAAGACUUCUUUAUCUCUCCUGACAUGCGAUAUGUCCUUGUCGAAACAGAUUACGAGCGGGGCUGGCGUCACUCGUUUUUGGCGAAUUAUUGGCUUUGGGAUGUUAACAAGAAGGAGGCAACGAGAUUGCCAACGUCGGAACCGACUAAAAAGCUUGCACUAGUGAUGUGGAGCAAGAGCGGUAACAAUAUUGCGUGGGUGCGGGAGAACAACAUCUACGUCACACUGAAUGCCGACCCGCAUAUCGAAGUCCCGAUCACCAAUGAUGGAUCGGCCAAUAUUAUCAACGGCAUUGCGGACUGGGUUUACGAGGAGGAAGUAUUUGGAAGCCAUGAGGCGAUGUGGUUUUCGCCAGACGGCACCCAUGUCGCGUAUCUGAAAUUCAACGAAACCGAAGUACCCGAAUACAAUCUGCAAUACUAUGAACGCAACAAGCAGAACUCGUAUCCGGAGGGCGUGUCGGUCAAAUAUCCCAAACCGGGGUAUCCCAACCCAGUCGUGACGUUGCAUAUCGCGACACCCGGGGCGACGAACCCCGCUGGCUGGGAUAACCUCGUAGAGCUCGACCCGCUCCACUACUUCCCCGACAACGACCGAUUAUUCGUAGAAGUCACAUGGGUCACGGACAACUCGCUGCUCGUACGCACCACGAACCGCGUGCAGGACACGCAUCGGUUGUUUCUGGUGAAAGCCGUGACUGCGAACGAUACGACGCGGUGGCGAGGAACCUUGGUGCGGAACCAGACCACCACGGACGGAGGCUGGAUUACGAAACUGCAGCCUCUUACCUUUAUCCCGCCAGCCCUAGCGAUAGGCCGUAACCAACCAUCUUACGUGGAGCUGCUGGAAGACGCUGACGGAUACAUGCACAUUGCGCAUUUCCAAAGCGUGAACAGCGUCGACCCUGCGUGGCUCACCAAGGGCGCAUGGGAGGUGGAGAAGAUCCUGGCUGUGGAUGCACAGCGAGGGUUGAUUUACUACAGCAGCACGGAGGAUGGACCGACACAACGGCAUAUCUUCAGCGUGGCUCUCGAUGGCACGAAAGAGCGGUUGACUCCGCCCAAGGGCGAGUUGCCGGAAAGCCCUGUCGUGCCGAGUAAUAUAUUAGCGGGCAGGGAGGCGGGGAUUGCGCUGGACGCAAGUGGGGCGGAUGCCGGCUUCUACAGUGCUAGGUUCUCACCGGGUUGCGGAUUCUAUGUCCUUCAGUAUGAAGGUCCAGGCGUUCCGUGGAGCAGGAUAUACAAAGCUGAUUUAUCCGAGUUCCGCACCGAUGUGGACAACAAGGAAUUGUGGAAUGUCAUCGGCCAAUACGCAGUUCCCCAGAUACAAUACUUUCAAAUUCCCAUCGCGCACCAGAGUGAGAAGCCGGGAGAUACUUCGUCGUCAUCGGAAGCACGGCAGUCCCCUCAGAUGAUGAACGCCAUGCUCCGCGGCCCCCAUGACUUCAACGCGAAUGGCACCACAAAGUACCCCGUCCUGAUGCGCGUCUACGGCGGGCCCAACUCUCAGCUCGUCCAGCAACGCUUCUCGGUCGACUUCAUGACCGCCGUCGUCUCCGCCGGCGGGUUUCUUUCCCUCACCGUUGACGGCCGCGGGACCGGUCUCAUGGGCCGCAAAUUCCGCACCGCCGUCGCAUCCCAUCUCGGCAGCGUCGAGGUUGACGACCAAUUAGCCGCCGCCGACUGGCUACGGACGCAAUCCUUCGUCGACCCCGCUCGAAUCGCGAUAUGGGGUUGGUCGUACGGCGGGUACAUGACCGCCAAGUGCAUUGAGGCGAAUAGUGGCCGGUUUGCGUUGGGGAUGUCGGUUGCGCCCGUUACGGAUUGGAUGUACUAUGACUCGAUAUACACGGAGCGGUAUAUGAAGACGCCGAGGAGUAACCCAAAGGGAUAUGAGGGCAGUGCCGUGACGGAGAUGGAGGGCUUCCGGAAUGCGAAGUAUCUUUUGGUGCAUGGGACUGCUGAUGACAACGUCCACUUCCAGAAUACGGCCUCCCUCAUCUGGAAACUCACCAACGCCCGCAUCCGCAACUACCAAGUCCAGGUCUACACAGACUCGGACCACAGCAUGAGCGCCGGCGGCGCGCCCAGGGAGGUGUAUGUCCGCCUGUGGAACUUCUUGAUGGAGAAUUUGCAAGGGGAGCAGUACCGCCUUGCGCGGUGAGGAUUGCUGGACCGAGAUCUUGGGCGGUAGUGUACAACGUAGCGACGUAUACUGUACAUCGUCCUUUAUCCAUGCGACUGGCGUCUCUCCAACCCUUCGAUUUGUAUAGAAACAGGCCGUCUUCUAUAAUAUGUACAUAUCUAUGUUUGAAAGGAGCUGGAUCCUCGCUAUUUCUGAUGGCACCAGCUAUGCUGGACGAUGGCAUGAUAUCGACACCGACGGCAGCGGGGGCGAUACCGACUCCAAUCAUGCCG